AUGGCUUCGACUGUGUCUGCUCGCGCGGCCAGGUCCGCCUGCAUCGCCGCGCGCACUGUCCGGCCCGUCGUGCCCACCCUCUCUCGCCCCCAAUCCACGUCCACCGACGCCGUGCCAACCAGUGAAUCCGACAAGCCUCGAUGGUCCUACACUCCGCCGCGCGCAAAGGCGCCUUUCUCCCUCCGAACGAAGCCGAACCGCGCGCACUGGCCUGUCAACUCCAACCCGGCUCUUCUCGACCUGUUCUAUAUCCGGAUGCUGGGGAACGGUGGUGACAAGAUGCUCUCGGAGGAGCUCAAGUGGCUCACCGUGACCCAUAAGAGUUUCGAUCAGGGACGCAGAGGGUUCAAUGAUCGACUGGCCUUUCUAGGAAAACGGAUCGUGCAAUUACAGGCCUCGCUGGCUCUCGUACAAAACCCCGAACCGACCCCCGAGAGACCUUUGACCGACAAGUUCGGUCGCAAGAUAUUCUCCCACCCGGCAUUGGACGGGCUGCACAAUAUCUCCCUCGACAAGAAGAGCUUCCUGACGGAUCGGAAAAAGCUGGCCGACGUGGCACGAAGCUACGAUAUGGAGAAGGUGAUUCGAUGGAACCCGAAAAAUGUUCGUUGGCCUUUUAAUAUCCUGUUUCUAUUCCCGUUCCUCGUACUAACCCGUCUCACACAGCCCGAUGGACCCAAUGGCUUGAAGACCUCCGGCUUGGAUUUGGUGCUGGCACACACCCUGUACGCCGUGGUCGGGGCGCUCUCGUUGGAGCAGGGAGGACAAGUCGCCAGCAAGGUGGCCAAGGAGCGGAUUCUGGCUCCCCUAGGCAUUAAGUCUGUGUCUUAG